AUGAUGGAUACAAGAAGAAGUAAAGAAGACGGGUACGAUCGGGAGAAAAUGGCUGGAGGAGUUUCGCCCAUCGAAGGAAGCGGCGAUAUACCUACACCACAGCGCUCACUCGUUGGUGAUGAAAGCCAACUGCGAAACCGAAGACGCGAAGAUGUCCCAGCCUCCACAGACCAGAACGUUGACCUAGAAAAGAGAAAACUCGACAGACGACAGUCAUCAAAAUUGUUCCGCCAUGUUGAGCCAAAAGAACCCUUCACCGUCCGAAACCAACUUGAGAGGACUUUUCUCAACUCAUACAUCAACAUUCUUCUCAUCGCCGCCCCUGUCGGCAUCGCUCUUAAUUACAUCCACAGCGUGAAUCGUAUCGCCGUAUUCGUGGUCAACUUCAUCGCAAUUAUCCCACUCGCCGCCAUUCUGAGUUUUGCCACAGAAGAAAUCGCCCUACGAACCGGUGAAGUCCUGGGAGGUCUAAUCAAUGCUACUUUCGGAAACGCCGUUGAGCUCAUCGUGGCCAUAUUGGCUUUGGUAGAUGGAAAGGUUAUUAUUGUUCAAACCUCUUUGGUCGGAUCGAUUCUGAGUAACCUUCUUCUGGUGCUUGGCUUCUGUUUCUUUUUUGGUGGCCUGCGACGUGAAGCUCAAUAUUUCAACGAGACGGUAGCCCAGACCGCAGCCAGCAUGCUCGCCUUAGCAGUCGCUUCUGUCAUCGUACCGACAGUUUUCGACCAAGCCAGAGACACACCGGCCGCUAACGUUGCCCGACUCUCAAGAGGCACAGCAGUAAUCCUUCUCAUUGUAUACGCGGCCUAUCUGCUGUUCCAGCUCAAGACACACUCAAGCACCUUCCGACAAGAAGGCCAGAAGGUCGCCGCGAAACCUUGGUCGCGUGGAAGUGGCGGCAAUAUACGCCAAGGUAUCAUGGUUCCAGGCGCUCUUAUCGGUGGCGGCAUGACUGGCCGCGAGGAGAAUGAACGCCUCUCCGAGAUGCUCAUGAACCCUCACCGACUUCCAAAGUCUGAGGAAGACGAAGACGAAGAGGAGGAACCUCAGCUGCACUUCUGGGUGGCAGUUGCCACACUGACAAUCGCCACUGUUUUGAUUGCCUUGUGCGCUGAGUUUAUGGUUGACUCUAUCGACGCAGUUACAAAAACAGGAGGCGUGUCGGAAGAGUUUGUCGGAUUGAUCCUGUUGCCGAUUGUAGGUAAUGCCGCUGAACACGCGACCGCUGUGACUGUCGCAAUCAAGGACAAGAUGGACUUGGCUAUUGGAGUAGCAGUUGGAAGCUCCAUGCAAGUUGCCCUCUUCUUGAUUCCUCUGUUGGUCAUUAUCGGCUGGGGAAUGGGCAAUGACGAUAUGAACUUGAGUUUCGACUUGUUCCAGGUCGCGACUAUGUUCGUAGCUGUCUUGCUGGUCAACUACCUGAUCGCAGAUGGCAAGAGCCAUUGGCUGGAGGGUUGGCUUCUAAUCUGCCUUUAUUCCAUUAUUGCUGUAUGCUCUUGGUGGUACCCAACUCAUUCAGAUGAGUAA